GCAGGUUCCUUUUACUUGAAUGCCUGCCCUCAUUGACAAGAGAAAUAAUAAAGUAUAAAGCUCGAUAUUCCCUGAAUAGGAAAGCCGGCCGUAUAACAGACUCAUGACACCGAGGAUGUACAUACGUGGUCGAUCCUUGAUCUCUACUAGGAGGCACAACUAUCGACUUCCCCGCAUCAUUUAUUUUUUUUGUCCUUCAUAUCAGACAGAUUAUUGGUGCUAGGACCGUGACUCAAUCACAUCCAAGACACGAAUGAACAGUCAAACGGGCAAAGAGACUGUUUGGGUAGUAUUUUUCCGUCUAUUCGCAAUGACGGACGGCGUGACUGCAUGAAUUCUGUUCUAGUCCGAGUCCAUUCUUUCUCCUCCUCGUGCUCGUAGUGUCCAAGAUGUAAGUAUAAAACCCUGUCUCAACCCUCUUCACUUCCUUCAGAUGAACUAGGCACAAUCAUCCAGCAGCAGCCCUACAGAGGCCAGAAAGAAACCGCCAGAAUGCACCACUCCUACUUCUUAAAACUCAUCCUCCCCACCCUCCUAGCCCUAACCACCGCCGCCCCCUUAACCCAACGCAACACAAUCCUCAACGAAUUCCUAACCAAUCUGUUAAAAUACCUCCCCGCAAUCAACACAACCAUCAACGACGCAACAAGCAUAAUCACCGAUCUAGACACUCUUCUCGCAAAACUUGUCGGCGCAAAAACCACUCAGAAUCAACUCAUCUCCGCCAGUACAUCGGGGUCAUCAUGUGCGGAGUGGACCCUGAUUUGGGCGCGAGGAACGUCUGAACCGGGGAAUAUGGGGGUGUUGGUUGGGCCGCCGUUGGUGUGGGCUUUGCAGGACAUUGUGGGCACGAAUGGGUUGACGAUUCAGGGGGUUAAUAGUUAUUCGGCUUCGGUGGCUGGGUAUCUUGCUGGUGGUGAUGCGAGUGGGAGUGCGAAUAUGGCAUCACUAAUCACGCAAGCACACAAAUCAUGCCCAAACACAAAACUCAUUGCGGCGGGAUACUCGCAGGGUUGUCAAGUGACGCACAACGCUAUAUCGCAACUGGACGCCGCGACAGCUGCAUGGAUUGAUAAAGUCUUGCUCUUCGGUGACCCAGAUAACGGCCAAGCAAUCCCCCACGUCAACGCGGCAAAUGUGUACACUGUCUGCCAUCCUGGUGAUGACAUCUGUCUGAAUGGAGAUUUGAUUCUUGUGCCGCAUUUGACUUAUGCUGAGAAUGUGGCUGCUGCUGCUGCUUUUGCUACUGCGUAGUUGGUUAACUUGCUGAAUGUGUCUGAACUGUUUCUUUCAUUGUACAUAUUUCACCUGAGGGAGAUUUGACGGACCUAGGUGUUGAUUGAUGCUGUUGUCCAUGACUGAUGGAGGAAAUGAAUAUAUGAAAUUCUAUGAAUG